UAAAGAAAUCACAGAAUCUCAGCAUUAUUUAAGGAGAACAACGGCGCACAACAAUGCCUUGGAAUUGUUUAAACAACAACAAGUACAACAACAAAACCCACAACUAAAGGCAAAGAAAAACUACCAGCCAAGCGGAGAAGUGUUGCAGCCUGCUAUCAACAGCAAUAAUCUCAGAGUAAGGAGGCGAAAAACAAAUCACAAACUUAAACAAACAACAAAACUAUCAGUGACAAUAAUAACAACAACAAUUGCUGUUGCAAGCGGAGAGCCAGGGCCUGCAUUAGCUGCUAACCCCCAUAACGGCAGCAACCGAGUCUGUACGAAAUAAAAAAUGGAUACAUCUUUGACCCAACGUUUUUCUAACCAAGCAGCAACGCAGCAACAACCAACGACCGGCUAAAUGCAAAGAUUUAACUCCUUGUGGCUGUGGAACCCUUUUGAAGAGUUUACAAACAAAACAACAGAGAACAAAAACAAACCCUAAGUAAAUAUUUAAAGGAGAAGAAAAAACAGGACAACAACAAAAUAAUCACCAUAACAGCAGCAGCAGGAAGAGGAGAAGAAGAAGGUGGUCGCAUACGACCAUCCCCGAACAACAAGUGUGGAGGCAACACAACUCCAGCCACUAUUUAAAACCAUUUACAAUAUAACUACCAACACUACAGCACCACAACGUUGCCAGUGUUGUUGUUGUUGACGUUAACAUUGUUACUGUUGGCUUUUCCCUCUCCCCUACCACUGGCAUUUUCUCUGCUGGACGCUUUUUUGUCAUCAUCAUCAGCAUCAACGUCGUCGUUGUCGUCAUCAUGACCCGCUUUAAAAUAAAAAACUUGAAAAUUCUCUCAUGUUGCCUCAGCAUAUGGUUCGUUAUAUUUGGUGCCCUACAAUUGGUGCGCUGUAGUGAGUUUCCGGAACGGGAAUGCUGUGACUUGACAACAACCUCCACCGUUAGCCCGUUGCCGUUGCCACCGGCGGCAUUACCCACAGAUAAAACGUUGUCAGCAACAACGGCCAUACAGACAAUAUCGGUUGGCAGAUCAGGUUCUAAUAUAAAAGUCGCUUCGGCAAUAUUAAAUUGUAUAUUAGCCCGUCAAUUAUGUUUUGAAGAUCCCUCAUGUUCAGCAAUAUUAGAAAUAAUACCCAGAGUAUGCGGUCCAAUACCAGUAUCCUGCAGUACAGUAACCGUUACCAAAUGUCAAGCGGCAUUAAGAACCCUGCAAGCCUUUCAAUUCUUUCGUCCCACGUGCCUGUGCAAGGAGCCGGGUAUGGAUCCUGAUUGUAAUCAUUUUCGAGAUUUCUUAUUCGAUCAUCCCUGUGGUUUUGUACUAAAGAAAGCCGAAAAAGAUCCAUAUCCUAUUGAUGCACUACCGACCUGUAAUCAUGCCCUAUCGGUGUGUCAACAAGAACGUAAAUGCCUCAAACUAUUCGAAGAUUUUAAAACACACUGUAAAGUUAGAGACAAUAAAUGUAAAAUGGAGAGUAGAGAUGCCUGCCAUGAUUCAUGGACUAAUCUAAGAUUAUCGCCCAUGUUUGGUUGUAUAUGUCCCAAUAAUCAUAUGAAGAAACGCUGUGAUCGUAUAUUUAAUAUAGUUAAUCACAAUCCGUGUGUGGACAGAUUAAUAUUCUUUCCUAAUGGCUUAACACCCAAAUUGAAGCAACAAUUCAAACAGGAGAAGCUCAAGAAAAAACAGCAACAAAUGUCCUCAAAACAACAACGCCAUCAACAACAACAAGGACAACAUCAAUUUAGCCACGGCAACAUCAGCAGCAGCCGUCAUUAUCCACAGCAUGGCCAUGGUUUUGGUGCCAUUAGCGCUGGCGCUGAAAGUGAAAAUCUUAAUAAUGACAUCGAUGAUAUCCGCAGUAAAGACCACCAUCAUCACCAGCAACAGCAUCAUUUUGAUAAUCGCGGUGGCGGCGGCGGCGAUGAUUAUAUGGAAACAGGUGAUGAUGUCUAUCCGGCCCAUCGUAAUUCCGCCAAUGCUAAUGCAGGCGGCCCAGAGACAAAUGCAAAUGCGGAUGCUGGGCAGAAGGAGGAGGAGGUUGAGGACGAGGAAGAUGGCGAAGAUGCCGAAGAUUACGAUGAUUAUGAUGAUCGCAUACGAGCGGAAAUUUAUUCAAGUUAUCCGCAUUAUUUGCAUCCACCAUCGUGGGGCUUAAAUAAUCCUCUGGUCUUGGCUUCGCAUAGUCCGCAUACUUCAGAGGACGAUGAUGUGGUAGUUGAGAUAGGAGUUGCGGGUGGUGGUGGGGCUGUAACAUCAUCACCGCCUUUUAGAAGUACCAGUCAUACUUAUCCCUCGAUGUCUACUUCAGUGCCGUCCACUCCAGUGCCAAUCACCAGCAGCACCACUGCAUUGCCAGGUGUUAUCAUUCUCAAGCAUCCAAAAAAAUACGAUGACGAUGACCCAAGCCGCACGAGCAUGCAUCAUCAGUUCGAUGAUGAUUUGCAGCAUAGUGUCGAUGAUGUUGUUGUUGUUGUGGACACUGGUGGUUCGCGAACUCACAAAUUUGGUGGUGGCAUUAGUGGUAGUGGUGGCAUAAGUAUCGAUAUUGGAACCAUACAAACCACCGGACUGGGUAACCAAAACCAUGUUGAUGGCGAUGAUAUUCAUGAUAUGCAUCGGCAAACCUAUUAUUCUCAUACUAAUGAUGAUGAUAUCCACUACAAACACAAUCAACAUCGACAACAGCAGCAACAACAACCAACAGCAACAAUAUUUAAUGGCUUGUCAACUACCGUGGCCACAAGACCGGCCAAUGGCUCAACAAUAUUUUUCAACGAACAUCACAUCUCAAGCACCAAAUUGCACAAAUUGCCAAUUUUUAAUGAUGAUUUUACCACCGGUAGUGACAUACUAACCCACCGCACCUAUGAAGGUGAAACCACCAUAAACACCGCCAUGGAUGAGAGAGGUGGUCAGGAUGUUGAAGUGGACCUCUCAACGGAAAUAAUCAAGCAACACUUUCAGAGUACCUGUCAUACAGCAUUGGAUACAUGCCGUGAAGAUCCGUCCUGUGCUUCAUCGUUGCAGCCCAUGCUGCAGCAUUGUGAGAUGCAUCGCUGUAAUCGUAAUGCAUGCAUGAAUUCAUUGCAGGCCUUUUAUAAAGGACCGCACGAGGACUUAAAUUUAGAUGUGGCCUUUUGUCUGUGCAAGAAAACAUCAAACCGCCAUGACAGUUGUAUGAUUGCCCAGGAAAAACUGCAUCCGGUUUGUGCACAAAGACCGCCCGAUAACAAUAAUCAACAGAGUUAUACACCACCGCCUUCAUGUCACGCUGUGGCCGAAGCCUGCAAGGAGGAUCGAGAAUGCCGCCUCAAAUUGGAAUAUUUCGAACAGGCCUGUGCCGUGGAUAGUGUAACGAAAAAGUGUGCCGGUCGACCAAGUGGCUGUCGCACAGCAAUGAUUGGUAUUCUGGGUACAACACUGCGCACAACUUGCGCUUGUCAUGGCAAUGAUCCCCAGUAUCUGUAUCAAUGUGUAGGAUGGAGGCGUCUUUUAUGGAUGAAUCCUUGUGUGGUUGAAGCCCAGAAAGAUUUCCACAUGAAACGUCUGGCCGAAUUGGGCUAUUUGACGACAACGUCGACGACUACCACUACAACAACAACUACGACUACAACAACAAGAGCACCACCGCCGCCGCCACCUCCUCCGCCAACAACAACGACGACAACAACAACACAUCGCAUGCCACCACCGGUGGUGAUACCACCAAAGUCUGGACGUAGGCCACCAUCAUAUCCAAAAGAAAUAUCGGAGCCAUCAUCAUCAAUAGAGCAUAAUAUUAUCGAACAGCCAGUGUAUAGCGGAAAUGAAGAAAACGGAAAUGGCGGAAAUGACGAUUAUCACAGUAGCAGCAGCAGUGCCAAUGGUGGUGGUGGUGGUAUCAAUGGCAACGGCCACAAUGGCAUCAAUGGCAAUGGUAAUGGCCACAACGGUGGCGGUAAUAACAAAUCGGGUAUUACCAAUAAUAAUGGCGGUGGUAUUGGCAACGGCAUUGGCCGAGGGAGAUUCAUCAAAAAUGGUCGUAACAACGGCAAUGGCAAACAUGCAACACACAAAGCAGCUUCCACCGCCGAUGAUAUGGGUAACGGAAACGGAAAUGGUCAUGGCAAUGGCCACGUUAAUGGGAACGGUAACGGCAAUGGUAAUGGUAAUGGAGCUGCUGGCGGCGGCAUAAAUACAGCCGGUGUUCUUAGCAAUAAUGGCGGCGGCGGUGGUGGUGGUCUCUCGGUUAUGGGUGGUAACGGUGAUGGUGGCGGUGGCGGUGCGGUAAUUGUCGAUUUCGAUGAUCAGACAAUUUACGCUGAACCAGUGGAAACAACUGAAUUUGCGGUUUUCGAAUCAACAACCAUGCCGACCACAACACCAAUGACCACAACAACACAAGCACCAAGACACUGUGUGGUACAAAGGCCUCGACAAUCGGAUCAACUUAUACGAGAGGGUACCGGUAAAAGGAUUUACUCUUUGGACGAUGCCGAGUGCAGUGAAUUAUGCAGCUGUGGCGAAUCACUUACACUUACCUGUCAUGCCCUCUGCGUACCAUUUGCUCCCUGCCGCACCGCAUUGGCAUUCUAUAGUCAUGCAUCACCGGCAUAUCAAGCUUUUCGUGGUCGCUGUCUUUGUUAUUCGGGUAGUUUUAUCUGCAUGAAACCACCGUUGGGUGACUAUUCAUUACCGGGUGGUGUAUUCCUUAUGUUGGGCUAUAGUGCCACCGAUGAAGCUCUGCUGCGACCCCACACCAAUUUGGGUGUCCAGGAUGCUGUCAGAGCUCUUCAGCAAUAUGUUAGCUCAUACAUUGAUAAUCAGACUCAGUGCACUCUAACGCUGUUCAACAUGACCGAGGAAAAUAUUAUAAUAGCUGCCCGUUUGCCACAUGAUGCAAAAUUGAAACCAAUGGAAUUGCUAAAAAAGGAAAAGGAUGAGUGCACGUCGGUUCUGCGCACAAUAAGUCAUCACAUCAAUUCCGAACAUCACGAGUUGCAAUCCCACCGACUUUUAAGCAUUUUUAAAAUGGCUGAAGUUGAAGUUGUUUGGCCAGAAAGCAGUGCUGCCACAAGUAGUCUAAGAUCCACAACAUCAACCUAUAGCUCAAGUUUGACGCUGCUCCUGAUGAUGAUGUCAUCGCUAAUGGCCAGUUUCAUGAUGACAGUUGCGUUGACAGCACAACAGGUCAAUAGUUUACAACAUGUGAGUAGGCGACAGGCAACGGUUGUGGCGACAUGACAUUAAAUAAAUUACAUCAUAAUUAGAUGGUAAUUAGGUCUACACACACACACACACACAGAGCAGGCGACACAAGCAGUAAGUUCGAGUCGACAUACAUAUACAUACAUGCAUAUACACAUUUAUAUACAUAAAUACGCCUAGUUGAGAAUAUAUAAUAUAAAAACAAUAUAAUUACACUUAUACUUAUACAUAAACACUAUUA